AUGGCUAACCAGGUAUACGAUCAGCAUCAUUAUCAUUCAUACACCAAAAAUACAAUAAUUGACUCUGUUAAUGAUGAUUGUCUGAGUGCAAUAUUCAUGUAUGUGCCAGCAUGUGAAAGACCGAAAAUUGCAUUAGUAUGUCAAAAAUGGAAAAGAGCCCUUGAUUAUUCUUGGAGUAAUGUCAAAAAACUUGAACUAACUCACUGGGAAAAUGAUGAGUAUCCAACUUGUUUGAAGAAAUAUCCAACACUCAAGAGACAAUUAAGUUUUUUAAAAUCACUGCUUUAUAAAUGUGGUCGUUUUUUAGCAAAAUUAGACUUGACAGCUUAUGAUCAUUGUAACAUAGUGCCAGUUAUUAAUGAAUAUUGUCCAAAUCUUGUGGAGCUUCGAUUGAGAUUCACCUACAUUGACCAUGAGAUAUUAUAUGAUGCAUUUUCACGUAUAUGUAAGCUUAAAGUAUUAGCAAUUAUAUUUGAAAAUUUUAAUGAUAAAUUUAUACCUCUUAAUUUAAUCUAUUCAUUAAGAAACGUUGCUGAUACAUUGACUGAUCUGAUUCUGUUAAAUUGGACCAAAGAAAAGCGUGACCACUGUAAAUUUUCAGAAGAAACAAUUUGUGUGAUUCGUGAAUUGAAGGCCCUGAAAAGAGUUGAAAUUAGUGGUAUAAUACCUACCCAAGAUCUUCAACAAUAUCUGUAUCAUGAGAUGUCCGUGUUUGCUGUUCAUGACGAUUACUUGCGCUUAGUUGAGACGAUUGAGAUAAUUCAGUGCCGAAAUACCAAGAAAUUGAAUUUGGCUGAAUCUAAAGUUACAGAUGAUGGUUUGUAUACUAUUGCCAAUAACGUGAAGCAGUUAAAAGUGUUGGGCAUGUGUUGGGAUAAUAUAACUAAUGUUGGUAUUGUAACAAUUUCAAAGAUAAAUUUAACAGUUCUUGCUUUCACUGGCUGUAAUAACGUUAUUGAUUCUUCAUCAAUAAGUUUGCUUAAAAACCUGGAGUUGGCAAGAUUUCCAAACAACAAUAAAAUUACUGAUGAUUUAGCUACGAAAAUUCUUGAAAAUUCACCAAAGAUAGAGGCGCUUUCUGUUCUGAACACAAGUGUAACUGUUGAAUUUAUCGAAAAAGCAGCAGAGAUAUCAAAUAAUCGAAAACGAAAUUUGACUUUAGAUGUUUCAUUUAAGUUUGAUAAAAGAAAAUCUAAAUCACCAUAUUUAACAAUUAAGCAAUAUUGCUAA